GCGGCGGCGGAGGAUGGCCAUCUUAAGUGGCCGCUGAGAGUCAAGGGCCGCUUCCCCCGGGAAGGGGGCAUCGGAGCGGCGCAGGAGUUGAGGCCGGCGCUGCAGGCGGCAGCGGCGGCGGCGGUGCGGCGAAAGAGGCGGCCUGCGCGCCGGACCGCGGAGCCCCCGACCCCCGGCCUGGUCCGGUCCGUGGAUCCUCAGGCUCUGGCCCCGGGCCCGGCCCCAGCCUCGGCCCCGAGCUUCCCGGGGCGGAUGGCGCGGGGCGGUGGGCGCCGGCGGCGCUGAGCCCUGCGCGCGCUAUGGCCUUGGCAUGCGGGGCGCCGGGCCCGGGGGGUGCGGGGCCGGGGAGCGCGCUGGGCAGCCCGGCCCCCGCCUGGUACCACCGCGACCUGAGCCGCGCUGCCGCCGAGGAGCUGCUGGCCCGGGCAGGCCGCGAUGGCAGCUUCCUGGUCCGAGACAGCGAGAGCGUGGCGGGAGCCUUCGCGCUCUGCGUCCUGUAUCAGAAGCACGUGCAUACAUAUCGGAUUCUACCUGACGGAGAAGACUUCUUGGCCGUGCAGACCUCGCAGGGUGUGCCCGUGCGCCGUUUCCAGACCCUGGGUGAGCUCAUCGGCCUGUAUGCCCAGCCUAAUCAGGGCCUCGUGUGUGCCCUGCUGCUGCCUGUGGAGAGGGAGCGAGAACCAGACCCACCUGACGACCGUGAUGUUUCAGAUGGUGAGGAUGAGAAGCCCCCACUGCCCCCGCGUUCUGGCUCCACCAGUAUGUCUGCCUCUGUGGGGCCUGGCAGCCCACCAGCAGCCCUUGAGACUCCCACAACUGCAGCUGCUGAGAGUGCUCCCAAUGGGCUGAGCACUGUUUCGCAUGAGUACCUGAAGGGUAGCUACGGACUGGACCUGGAGGCUGUGCGAGGCGGAGCCAGCAACCUGCCCCACCUUACCCGCACCCUUGCCACCUCCUGCCGGAGGCUGCACAGUGAGGUGGACAAGGUCCUGUCGGGCCUGGAGAUCCUGUCCAAGGUGUUUGACCAGCAGAGCUCUCCCAUGGUGACCCGCCUUUUGCAGCAGCAGAACCCGCCGCAGACUGGGGAGCAAGAACUCGAGAGCCUGGUGCUGAAGCUGUCAGUGUUAAAGGACUUCCUGUCAGGCAUCCAGAAGAAGGCCCUGAAGGCCCUGCAGGACAUGAGCUCCACGGCCCCGCCAGCUCCACUGCAGCCAUCCAUACGUAAGGCCAAGACCAUCCCUGUGCAGGCCUUCGAGGUGAAGCUGGACGUGACCCUGGGCGACCUGACCAAGAUCGGGAAGUCACAGAAGUUCACGCUGAGCGUGGAUGUGGAGGGCGGGCGGCUAGUGCUGCUGCGGAGACAGCGGGACUCGCAGGAGGACUGGACCACCUUCACACAUGACCGCAUCCGCCAGCUCAUUAAGUCCCAGCGCGUCCAGAACAAGCUGGGUGUCGUGUUUGAGAAGGAGAAGGAUCGGACACAGCGCAAGGAUUUCAUCUUUGUCAGUGCCCGGAAGCGGGAGGCCUUCUGCCAGCUACUACAGCUCAUGAAGAACAAACACUCCAAACAAGAUGAGCCUGACAUGAUCUCUGUCUUCAUCGGCACCUGGAACAUGGGAAGCGUGCCACCUCCAAAGAAUGUGACGUCUUGGUUCACAUCAAAGGGUCUGGGGAAGACCCUGGAUGAGGUCACAGUGACCAUACCCCAUGACAUCUAUGUCUUUGGGACCCAGGAAAACUCAGUGGGCGACCGCGAGUGGCUGGACCUGCUACGCGGGGGCCUCAAGGAGCUCACAGAUCUGGAUUACCGCCCGAUUGCUAUGCAGUCACUGUGGAACAUCAAGGUAGCUGUUCUGGUCAAGCCAGAGCACGAGAACCGAAUCAGCCACGUCAGUACGUCCAGCGUGAAGACUGGCAUUGCCAACACCCUGGGAAACAAGGGAGCUGUGGGAGUCUCCUUCAUGUUCAAUGGCACCUCAUUUGGCUUUGUGAAUUGCCACCUCACCUCGGGAAAUGAGAAAACCGCCCGGCGGAACCAGAACUACCUGGACAUCCUGCGGCUGCUCUCGCUGGGCGACCGGCAGCUCAGUGCCUUUGACAUCUCUCUGCGUUUCACUCACCUCUUCUGGUUUGGGGACCUCAACUACCGCCUGGACAUGGAUAUCCAGGAGAUCCUGAACUACAUCAGCAGGAAAGAGUUUGAGCCCCUGCUCAGGGUGGACCAGCUUAACUUGGAACGCGAAAAGCACAAGGUCUUCCUUCGAUUCAGUGAGGAAGAGAUCUCCUUCCCACCCACCUACCGCUAUGAGCGGGGCUCCCGGGACACGUAUGCCUGGCACAAGCAGAAGCCAACUGGGGUCCGGACCAAUGUGCCUUCGUGGUGUGACCGGAUUCUCUGGAAGUCCUACCCUGAGACCCACAUCAUCUGCAAUUCCUACGGUUGCACUGAUGACAUCGUCACCAGUGACCACUCCCCCGUGUUUGGGACAUUUGAGGUUGGAGUUACCUCUCAGUUCAUCUCCAAGAAAGGGCUCUCAAAGACUUCGGACCAGGCCUACAUUGAGUUUGAGAGCAUCGAGGCCAUUGUGAAGACAGCUAGCCGCACCAAGUUCUUCAUUGAGUUCUACUCCACCUGCCUGGAGGGUCAGAGGCAGGCCCAGGGUGUGGCCAGGAGGGAUGGGGAGCCCAAAGUGCCCAGAGUGGUCAGCCCCCUGGAUAGGGGGAAAGGAAGCCAGGUGGUGGCACUCAGUUGGGUAUCCCCCACCCUCUCCCCAGAGUACAAGAAGAGCUUCGAGAAUGAUGCCCAGAGCAGUGACAACAUCAACUUCCUCAAGGUGCAGUGGUCUUCACGCCAGCUGCCCACGCUCAAGCCAAUUCUGGCUGAUAUUGAGUACCUGCAGGACCAGCACCUCCUGCUCACGGUCAAGUCCAUGGAUGGCUACGAAUCCUAUGGGGAGUGUGUGGUGGCACUCAAGUCCAUGAUUGGCAGCACAGCCCAGCAGUUCCUGACCUUCCUGUCCCACCGCGGCGAGGAGACAGGCAACAUCCGUGGUUCCAUGAAGGUGCGGGUGCCCACAGAGCGCCUGGGCACCCGUGAGCGACUCUACGAGUGGAUCAGCAUUGAUAAGGAUGAGGCAGGAGCAAAGAGCAAAGUCCCUUCUGUGUCUCGAGGCAGCCAGGAUCCCAGGUCAGGGAACCGCAAGCCAGCCCCUGCAGAGGCCUCCUGCCCACUUUCCAAGUUAUUUGAAGAACCAGAGAAACCCCCACCAACUGGGAGGCCCCCAGCCCCACCUCGAGCUGCCCCCCGGGAGGAGCCCUUGACCUCCAGGUUGAAGGCAGAGGGGGCUCCAGAGCCGGAAGGGGUGGCAGCCCCCCCACCCAAGAACAGCUUCAAUAACCCUGCCUACUACGUCCUUGAAGGGGUCCCCCACCAGCUGCUGCCCCCGGAGCCACCCUCGCCUGCCAGGGCCCCUGUCCCACCGGCCACCAAGAACAAAGUGGCCAUCACAGUGCCUGCUCCACAGCUUGGGCGCCACCGGCCCCCCCGUGUGGGAGAGGGGAGCUCAUCAGAUGAGGAGUCUGGGGGCACACUGCCCCCUCCAGACUUUCCACCCCCACCACUGCCAGACUCAGCCAUCUUCCUGCCCCCCAGCCUGGAUCCUCUGCCAGGGCCAGUGGUCCGGGGCCGCAGCGGGGGUGAGGCCCGUGGCCCACCACCUCCCAAGGCCCAUCCAAGACCCCCACUGCCCCCAGGCCCCUCACCUACCAGCACUUUCCUGGGGGAGGUAGCCAGUGGGGACGAUCGCUCCUGCUCCGUGCUGCAGAUGGCCAAGACGCUGAGCGAGGUGGACUAUGCUCCUGCUGGGCCUGGCCGCUCAGUCCUUCUGCCAGGCCCCUUGGAGCUGCAGCCACCCCGGGGACUGCCCUCGGACUAUGGCCGGCCUCUCAGCUUCCCUCCACCUCGCAUCCGAGAGAGCAUCCAGGAGGACCUGGCGGAGGAGGCUCCGUGCCCGCAGGGCGGGCGGGCCGGCGGACUGGGUGAGGCGGGCAUGGGCGCCUGGCUGCGGGCCAUCGGUUUGGAGCGUUAUGAAGAGGGCCUGGUGCACAAUGGCUGGGACGACCUGGAGUUUCUCAGCGACAUCACCGAGGAGGACCUGGAGGAGGCUGGGGUGCAGGACCCGGCUCACAAGCGCCUCCUUUUGGACACCCUGCAGCUCAGCAAGUGAUAGCAGUGGCACUGCGAGGCUGCGAACUCGGCACCCCUACCCCUCCACUAAGGCCCAGCCACAGCCCUGAAGUUGAAAAGUUAGGAGGGGUGGGGCAGUACCUCUCUGCCUAUUUAUUGGGGAUCUGCGUUCCCCACUGCCCAAUCAUUUGGAAUGCCCUAAUUAGGACAUUCUGCCCUUCACCUGCCCCAGGUCUCCAGAGGUCAGUCACCCCGAUUACCAAGGACUUGGGUUAUUCGGGUGCUGACUUCCCUUUCUGAACUCCUUCUCCCAGUCCCAGGGGUGCCCGUUACGGUCCAUUUGAGUAUGCCUGGGCCCUCACUUUCACCGCUGUUUCUGCUGCCCUCCACCUGGCCUGAACCACAGGGGUCGGAGCUCAGCCAGGACCUCUCCCAACCCCCACUCUGGGGGUGUCUGUCCGGAAAUGAAGGAAUAGCCCAAGGACCGGGCUGGGGUUUAUUUAAGCUUUUCUGUGUGGGUUUUGGGAGGGCGGGCACUGUAAUAUUGGGGCUGUUUGGGGGUGGGGAGAAGAAUCUGGGCCAUAAAGUGCUAGUUUGCUUAGUUCUCACUGUCUCCUGGUCUAUACCACCUUGAGUUGUGGAUGUGGGGCUACAGUGGGUUCCUUGCUGGUUGCAAGAGGGUCGGACUCCUGUAGGCAGCCUAUCCCCAUCCUGGGUACUCAGAAGGGUUGCCAGCAUGAUGUCUUCAAUAAAUUAAGUUUUAUUUGGAUUGA